ACAAAUCAAUCAUUCAUAAUAUUUCAUUUCUUUCAUUCCUAUUUCCUAAGACCUAAUUCCUAGUCAUUCUCAUUCAUUAUUGUGUUAGUGUUAGGUGAUGUGCGCGCGACAAAACUAAAGCGUUGUUGCUGACCUCAUAUUGCUUUGCUUAUUAAAUUAUUGAGGCUGCCAUUUGGUGUAAAUUCUAGUUUUUCUAGAUAUGUAUUGGACUGAGAAAAUGUGUAUUCCUGUAGCUCUUCUAUUUUUAGCUCUUUUAGUGCCAUCUCAAGCACAAACGGGGUCGCCGCAGGUGUCGGUGACGCCGGCCGAGGCGGACCUGUCGGGUGAGCUGCGUGAGUUCCUGUAUGACGUCCGCGCCAACCUCGUGCUGCGCUGUGAGCUGCCGAACGACGCUGGCCUGCCUUACGUGUGGACCAAGAAUGCCACAAAGCUGGAGGAGGUGUGGGAGAUGAAGGAUCGCUACCAGCUGGAGAAGGGCGGCGCCGAGCUGAAGGUGGGUCGCGCCCUGGAGGACGACUUCGGCAACUACACGUGUGCUCUGGCGGGCCAGGCUCAGACCCAGGGCUGGGCCGUGCGCGGGAGGCCGCACCUGAAGCUGCCCGCCAACACCAACGUCGUCGAGGGGCAGAAACUGAAGCUCACCUGCAAGGUGCUCGGCAAACCGUACCCUCGCGUACAGUGGCUGUACUCGAACUCGACCGACGAGGCGGCCAACUUCUCUGCGCUGGCGGGGCGUGGCCAGGUGACCGAUAGCGAGCAGGGCGUCCCCGACGGCACCCUGGUGAUGGAGGCUGCGGCGCGCACGGACGCCGGUCUGUACCGCUGCAACGCGGAGCACGCGCCCGCCGUCGCCACCACGCACCUCCGAGUCAAGGACAUGUACGCGGCGCUGUGGCCUUUCCUCGGAAUCUGCGCGGAGGUGUUCAUUCUGUGCGCCAUCAUCUUGGUGUAUGAGAAGAGACGCACCAAGCCCGACCUCGACGACUCCGACGCUGACAACCACGACCAGAAGAAGUCGUAAGAUGUGAGCGGUGCGAGUGCGGGUGCGAGCAGCCUUCAAUAUCCAGAUUUGUUUGUGUGUUAUUGUUUUACCAAGAACGUGUUUUGUAUUGAAUUGUGUUAAAGUUAUUUAGUUAAUAAAAUUGUAGACGUCGACCGAGUGUGUCGCUCGCAGAUACAGUAUCGCAAUCUGUACAUACGAUCUAUUUGAUAUAUCUAUUGAUAAUUAUAUUUUAUCUUUGUUAACCUAAUUAUUUGAUAUAGGAACUAACAUAAUAGUAGAUACGUAGGCUCAGUUACAUCGCUUUACUUGAUUCUUUUAAACUAUUUGCUUUUCAUUGACAUUUUCAUUACAGCAUUUGCUAGCUGCCUCGCCGUUUGGAAGUAUAUAGUUAGUAACAAAGUAAUAAAAAGUAAACCAAUAGAUGGAUGAUAUAAACAAUGUAAAUACAGACAUAAUAUUAUAACUCUGCUUUGAUAUGAAAUAAACAACUUGUGAUUUUAGUGAUAACUGCCAUAGAUACUGAGUGUUGUAACAACAUACCGUAUAAAUAAUACACCAAUAAACAUAUUAUGUAAUCACCUA